AUGGGUCCUGCGUCUUUGCGCGCGGUCUGCUUUCUGAUCUGUCGACCGCUCUUUCUGAUCCGCCUUUUUGUCGUGGCUGCCGGUGCUGCCAUUGCCAACGCUACUGCACCCUCCAAACCUGUUGGAGUCCCCCUGCACAUGACCGAGCCAGCCCUGUCAUUGGCCUCGCAAGCUGCAUCCCUGCGUGUGCUACCCUCUCCGUCACCCAGUGACGAGCCGAGCCCGGCUACUGUUGCGCUGAAUAGCCCGCUCCAGUACGCUUCUGUCCCGCCAAGUGCUUCGGCAUCCGGCCUAGACAACGCCCUGGUCGCUGCUAUGGCUGCUGCCAUCACUUCUGCCACUGCCACUGCUUCCGGCUCCACGGUCGCUCAUCCAGGCUCGGGCUCUCUGUGGACCGCUGCGUCGAGACCGACGAUCUCACAACCCACAGCACAGCAGCCGACACGACCUCCGCCGUCAGCCCCAUCAUCACCGGCCCAAUACAUGGCCAGGCAAGAUCAAUGGCUGUCCUCCCAACAGCAGGCUUCUCGGCUGACUGACAGAAACACCGAAGAGGUCAGCGGGCUGGCCGCCAUGGCAACGGCUCCCGCUAUGCCCGCGGCGACAGCCGGCUUUUCCAACAGUCCGCGGACCCCUUCCUUUGCGGCCUCCCCAAUCACUCCCAUAAUUCCGAUUCUCCCCAGUAAUGGCGUUCCUUAUAAGAGGAACUACUCCGGUCAGAUUGUUACCCCGACAGCGAUACACUACAACAGCUGCAUCGGCUCGAUCGACAGUACCAUUAACAGUGCGGGUGGCCCGGCCAGGCUUUCCCAAGAUUGUGAAUUCCCUCGCUUCAUACUGUUAAGGAAGGCCUGUCGGUCAAAUGAUGGCUUUUAUCUUGCACUGCACCAGCUAUUCAACAUCUGGUCCUUGCGCCAUGAGGAUGUUUACGGCAUCUUCAGGGAUCUCAGCCCACAGCAAGUGGACACAAGUUUCACCAAGCUGGAGGAUAUUCUGAGGAAGAACGACAUCAUACGGUUAAGUCUCCGCCAAUACUUCACAGUCUUUCCCUGCGACAUAAAGGCGAUGAUGUCAGGGCCCUUUUAUGCCAAGGUGUUUCCUCAAAUUGUUUGCUUUCUGAACUGUCUGCGGCAGCGAUGGGACGAUCUCCUGCUCGAGCUCUCUAGACGUGCCUAUCCGGUACUGAUGGAUGAAACGGUCGGCAUACUGGGCUGCAUAUCCCCGACGCUGCAGGAGUGCAUAUUCACGUGCACUCGAAGCCGCCUUGGUGCCCCCAACGCAUCCCUGUCCAAUGAAUAUUUGGUCUUGUUCCACGACGACCAGAUGCGCCAUUAUGUAGCUCCUGGGAAGUUCGUAUCCCGGAUGUUUAACGGGCUCUCGGAACUGGAACAAAUUAACGCCGAUCUCAUCAAAGCCUACCUUGGGCUCAUGCAGACGGCCAGGGCGCAGGCAAAGGAAUUGGAGGUGACUCAAAGCCCGGGGAUGCACAACUCUGCAGCCAUGCAGCUGGUGUCAGUGUCAAUGCCAGAGUCAUAUGUGGCCCAAGUACCGCAGCUCCAGAUGCCGCAAGUGCGUCCCGACCUGGCUUCCGAGCAAGCGAGCAAAUUACAGGGAAACCCUCCGUUUCAGCGGCUCUCGCAUCACGCAGAAGCAGCUGCUGUGCAACCCCAGACGCAAGAAGUAAUGCCGACAUCGGCGGAUGUAUUCAUCCUACCAUCUCCCAGCGCGUCGGCCAGCAGUAUUUCCGUGCAGUCACCAGCAGUCUCUGUGCAGCCACAAGUUCUAAGCGCAUCUGCCAAUGUGCAACAGCCUGCUGCUACUCGGAAGCAGAUGUGCUCGCCUGCCACAUCUAGCGCAAUCGACAUGUAUAGCGGACUCGAAAAACGAUUGAUCCCGAAGACUCGACGGAUACCUCGAAGCGAAUAUCCUCACAGUCCGACAGAUUCGCAGUCGUUGCAAGGAGGCCUGCACGAGGCACCGAUUAGAAGCCCGGUGCGGGUGCUAUUCGAUCUAAACACGGGCGAGAGCUUAGCCGAUAGACCCGGCCAAGAACGGUUCUACCAAUCGGUGCACCACAUGGCGAUCGGGCCAGUGUCGACCCCGGCACGCAGCCAUCUGUACAGGUUCGAGUUUCAGGUGACGCAGGAUGAGUACGACCAUCUGGCAUCCCGAGAGGUCCCGCCGGGGGAGCUUCUUCCGGUGGUGAAGCAAAGCAGCGGAAGCCUGCGGUACAGAAUCCGCUGCUGCAAGGCACCAUCGACAGGGAAGGUGAUGACGGAGGCAGAGUGGUUGAUCCUGGACACAACCUGGCCGAUGAACAUCUUUAUCAACCUCAACGGAUCGGUCGUGUCAGUGCGGCGAAAGGCACACAGUGGCAAAGAUCUUGCGGCCGAAAUGACGUCGAUGAUCAAUGUUGGGACGAACAAGCUGCAGGUGGCAAUCCCAGAGACAGGCGUUCCGGCGGACGCGCUGCUUCACGUAUUGGGGGUUGAAGUGGUCAAGACGGAGAAGCAUAGCGAUGUGGUGGGGCGAAUUCUGAGCCAGGGAUUCCGGCAGCCCAGCAAGACUGUCGAGGAAAUCAGAAGGCGACUGGCGACAGCUCCCGGAGGUCGUGGCGACGACGACAAUGACGAUGACGACGAUGACGACGACGGCUUUGCAGUGGUGCAGGCAGACCUGUCGGUGGACCUGGCAGAUCCAUUCACGGCGAAGGUGUUUGAGACACCGGUACGAGGCGUCAACUGCUUGCACAUGGAAUGCUUUGACCUGUCGAUCUGGCUUACGACGCGGCCACUCUACUCGAUAACGCCCUGCCAACACCAGGCGCCGUGUAGGUGCUGCAAGGUGGUGCAGCUGUCGCAGCCGGACAAGUGGCGGUGCCCCAUCUGCUCGCAAGACGCGCGACCGAAGAGCCUGCGGGUAGACGGGUUUCUCUUGGAUGUGCGCAAUCAGCUUGAGAAGAACGGAACGCUGAGCCGGGCUCGGUCGAGCUGGGUGGCGCCAGAUGGGACGUGGCGACCGAUCCUGGGGGAUGAGGGCGACGAGGACGACGAGACGGGCGACGAGACGGGCGAGCCGGCACGCAAGAUAGCCCGGAUAGGUUCGGCGAGCAGGUUGAGCACGUCACGACGGGCUUCUCAGGCGAUCGGGGUGAUCGAACUGGAUUGA